AUGAACGGAGUCCUCACCCUAAAGAUCGUAAACCCUGAGUUGGCUUCUUACGAGGUUGAGAAGCCAAAAGACGCCUUGAUUGAACUUGCAUGGACGACCAUGGAAAACGAGAUCGGAAAGAUCAGCCUGGAGAAAAUUUUCUUGGAUAGGGAAAAGCUUAACUCCAAGAUUGCCAAGGCGGUUGAUGAAACGGCGGCGGAUUGGGGGUUGGAGUGUUUAGGAUUCGAAUCCGAUUUCAAGGUUAAAUCUAAUGUGGUGACCAACGACGGCAGGGUGGUGACCGUGGACACGAACCUCCAUCUCAAGGUGGUGGACCCUAAGUUGGCGUCGUAUGCGAUCGAGAAUCCAAUCGACGCCGUGGUUGAAACCGCAAAAUCCGCCAUGGGGAAAGAGGUGGUGUCCUGCGAGGCGGAUGAAGCUAUUGACUCGUGGGAAGGAAUUGAUGAGGAUAUAGGUUCAAGGAUCAAUCGAGUGGCUCAGGGUUGGGGAAUUGAGUGUCUUGGAUUUGAAAUCAAGGAUCUUUCUUCUAAGUUACGGGAGGUCUCGGAAUCAGAGGUUUUGGAAUCCGAACACUCGGGACAGGAGGUUUCGGAAUCAGAAUACUCGGGUACAGGCGACACGGAUUCAGACCACUGA